UUCCGCCGUCGCCCAAUGGCGUCUGCCCCUACGCCGGCGACACCCAAGGCCCCGGCGGGGCCAGCGGGUAGGUACGCCGUGUACGUCGCGGCCGUGCCGUUGCGAGCUCCCCAGGGGCCAGCCCAGGCCCUGAUGUCGGCGGGCUACUCGCUCGGCCUGUGGGACCUUCAGCACUUCAUGGUGCUCCUCCGGCCUGACCCGCCCAGAAGCCAGGCGCCGUUGGUCUUCGAUUUCCAGCCUCGCGACCCCGAGGAUGCUCUGGCGGCGUUGGCAGUGCUGUCGCGGAGCAAAAUUCCCGGAGUGGUUCGGAGAAGAACGCUGCGGAGGAUCCCGGACAGGAGGAGCUGGUUCGUCGGGCUCUGCGACGGAGACGCCGCGGACGCCGCCGAGAGGUUCAGCGAGCGGUGGUCGACUGACCUGGUGGUGGGGGAGCACGACUGCCGGGACUACACCAACGGGCUCGUCGAAGUCUUGACAGGAGAAAAACGUGUCUUGGAGUCGCUCAGAUCAUCAUCAGGCGCCACCGAGGUGGCACCUUGAUGGAUGGUCACCAGAAUGCCGUUCAGUGAUCUCUAAUCGGGCACUCAGGUACCAUCUGCAGUAGCAGCAAGUGAAUCUUUGAAGCCUUCUCGGUUAACGGCUUAAAGAGAAAUGAAGGCACUUUGAGGAAUUCCUUGGCUGGAGCUGGAAGCAAGAGUAGCAAAUCUAUGUAAUCAGGUGGUGUUUGCUGAACUACAGAGUCAACUUGUUAUCAGUAGUUCAUAUGCCGUACCUGAAAACAUAAUUACAAUGAAAUGCUUACUAGGAAGAUGGAGGGUAGAGACAGAAUGAUACCCAUAGCAGUAUGUGGACAAUGCCGACAAUGUCUUUUUUUCGCCGUGUGCAUCCUUGAUGGCUAGACUGUUCUUG